CCAAUUAUUGGUCCCAUAAUGCAUUUUUAUUUGUUUAGCUAUAAAAUAAAGAUACGAGUGUAACUUUAUUCAUUUGUUUUCAGUCUCACAGCUCCACUCCUGAGCAUCAAUCCCCACUAGCUCCACCCCCUUCAUCCCUCUCUGCUGGGCACUGGCCAGUUACCAUAUGUCAAGUAUUUUAUCAACAACCCAGUGCCUGCUACCAGAGAAAAAUAAACGAAUGACAGACAAGUAUCCAGAUUGCAAUGAAGAGGCAGAAGCAACAAGAAUUAAUUCUCAGUUUAUUUAUGAGAUAAGAAAAUGUGUGUGUGGGAAUGUCUGUGUGGGUGUGUCUGAAUAAAUGAGCAUGCAUUUAGGCAUAGAGAAAUACACAUUACAUUCAGUUAGUUGAAUCAGUGAUCAAGAAAUGAUAAACAUAACAUUUCCAUAACACCAUAGCAACAGCAGCAGAAGCGGCAGUCACUGACAGUUGUCUUAGGCUGCAUCCCAUUUCACAGGCUCCUACCUAUGAAGGGCAGUUUAAGGACAGAUUCAUCACGAAGGCCGUCUGAAUUCAAGGACUUAAUUUGAAAAAGGAGGAAGGACCUGGUGCAUUCUUCAUAGUUGCACAUCCCAUAAUUCCUCUUGCAGCAGCGAUGACAGCAGCUGGGGAUUAUGGCCACCUCAACAAACAGACUAGGCUUCUGAUUUAACUCAAGGUUAGCGACGUGCUAACGCUGUUAAAGCUCAGAGGGCUCAGAUGUGAAGCAGAAGCAGAUGUUCACCUCAGUCCUGGUGGACCGGACCGACUCAUUCCUCCCGUCCUAUAAAAUGGGACGCAGCUACAAACGCCUGGCUGGAUUUUACGUUUUCUCAGUCUAACGAUGUCACUGAUGAUGUGACACAACCCUACUCGCUAUUUGUGAUUUAAAUUGUUUAGAUCUGAGAGGAAAAUGGUCGGUUGGCUUUCUUCUUAUUUUGUAUUUGAAAGCAUUUAUUGUUUUGGUUGUUGCGCUUCCUGUUUUAGACGUUCACGGCGUUUCAGACGUAAAGAAAACUGAAGAGCUCUGAUUUCUAUUUGGGACUUAAUCAACCCGUCACAGGAAAGACCAGAUUCUUAUUAAAGAUGUGUCCUGCAGAGAGAAACGAUCAAAACGAACAACGUUGGAGAACAUGUUAACGAGAGCGGCUGAAAUACGAACACCGGGCUGUGAGAAAACUUUUAUAAACCCCUAAAUAACCAGGCAGUGUUCCCUCGGGGAACCUCAGGGCGUCCCUCUCGUGUCGCUGACAUUUUGAAAACGUUUAUAAUAUCUUCCAAUCAAACAUUCAGUUUAGUUUAUUUAUAGUGACAUUGUUUAUCUUAUGUGACCUUAAAAGGAAAACCUCAUCACAACCACCAGGUGCUGCUGGGGAUUCUCAGACCUGAUCACGUUCAGGCGCUGAGAUAAACGUGAAACAUCAGAACCGACUUGUAGCAGCGACUAAAACCCUGUAGCUGCAGAACUGAUGGAUUCUGGGAACUCAGCAUUCCACCGCCCUAAAACCCACAAAGCUCCUCUGUUUUGCUCCUCCCGACUCUGUAAGGUGACACGACUCUUUUCCUCUCGGCUUCUCCUCCCUCUACCUUUCUCCUCCGGGCUCUUUGACCAGGAGCUGCUCUGCUUUUGUUGAACGCUUCACAAAGUAGAAAAAGGAGUGGGGGCUGAAAUCGGAGCUUUUUCUUCAGAGGUGGAGGCGAUUCAUAGCCUGUUUGUGCACAAGGAGGAGGAGAAGCAGUGGGAGGAGAUCGGGCAACGCGAAGGAAAAAGGAGGACACGAAGAGUCCACGGAGGUCAGAGAACUGGGACAAAAGUCUCCUGAGACAGAGGAGCUGAGGAGGAAGGGCGAUCAGCACGUGUUUGGAUCGUAGGACCGGAAGAAUCCAGAUGAAAGAUGCUGCUGGGUACUGAAGAGGGACUGAGCCCUACCUGAACCCCCCCCUUCCCCCGUCCCGACACUCAGAGCCAACAGCGUUGCCGUCCCAUCAUGCACCUGCUGUGCCGCGGGCGUCUGAAGCUGCUGGUGGCGACUCUCACCGCUGUGGUCCUGCUCACCUGGCUCUACCUGCUGGCUGGAAACCUGGAGAAUGGUCGCUCCCUCCUCCUGGCCCCUUGUUUGGCCGACACCCCCGCAGUGCAAGUUUUGGAGCGUGCCGUCCUCGAGUCACGGGUCCGAGAGGUGGAGGAGGAGAACAGACAGAUCAGGCUGCAGCUCAGCCAAUCGCAGGGCACCGCCGCCCAGCUGGUGGAGGGUAACUAUGGCAACCAGCAGUGGGGGGCGUCAGCAGACACCGUCCCAGAAGAUGGGGACAACACGGCGGAGGAGAAGAACCACACCGAUUGUUCCCGCUCGCCCCCCGUCCAGAAGUGUGAGCUGAUCCAUGUAGCGUGCGUUUGUGCCGGUCACAAUGCCAGCAGAGACGUGGUCACCCUCGUCAAGUCCGUCCUUUUUCACAGGAGGAACCCUCUCCACUUUCACUUCAUCACCGACACGGUAGCCAAUCGCAUCCUGAGCUCUCUGUUCCAGUCCUGGAUGGUCCCAUCUGUGCAGGUCAGCUUCUACGACGCAGACGAGCUCAAGUCCGAGGUGUCCUGGAUACCCAACAAGCACUACUCAGGUAUUUAUGGCUUGAUGAAGCUAACGCUAACCAAAGCUUUACCAUCCGACCUGUCAAAGGUCAUCGUCCUGGACACAGACAUCACUUUUGCCACUGACAUCGCUGAGCUCUGGGGCGUUUUUAGGAAGUUUACUGACAAGCAGGUGAUCGGUCUGGUGGAGAACCAGAGCGACUGGUACCUGGGGAACCUGUGGAAGAACCACAAACCGUGGCCCGCACUGGGAAGAGGUUUCAACACAGGCGUCAUUCUUCUCUACCUGGAGCGUCUGCGGAGAAUCAGCUGGGAACAAAUGUGGCGACUAACGGCGGAGCGGGAGCUAAUGAGCAUGCUCAGUACAUCUCUCGCUGACCAGGACAUCUUCAACGCCUUCAUAAAGCAAAACCCGGUCCUGGUCCACCAACUGCCCUGCUUCUGGAACGUUCAGCUGUCCGACCACACCCGCUCUGAGCAGUGCUACACCGAGGUGUCCGACCUUAAGGUGAUUCACUGGAACUCCCCAAAGAAGCUCCGAGUGAAGAACAAACACGUGGAGUUCUUUAGGAACCUCUACCUGACCUUCCUGGAAUACGACGGAAACCUGCUGCGGCGGGAGCUGUUCGGCUGUCCGAGUCAGGCCAACCCAGAGAGCGUCCAGUUGCAAGCGGCUCUGGAGGAGCUGGACGAGGACGAUCAGUGCUACGACUUUCGACGGGAACGUCUGACGGUGCACCGAGUGCACCUGUACUUCCUGCAGUAUGACUACAUGCCCACCGAGGACGACACAGACAUCACGCUGGUGGCUCAGCUGUCCAUGGACAGGCUGCAGAUGCUGGAGGCCAUCUGUAAGCACUGGGAGGGCCCCAUCAGCCUGGCGCUCUACAUGUCAGAUGCCGAGGCUCAGCAGUUCCUACGCUACGCACAGGCCUCGGAGGUCCUCAAGAACCGCAAGAACGUCGGCUACCACAUCGUUUACAAGGAGGGCCAGUUCUACCCGGUCAACCUGGUGAGGAACGUGGCUCUGAGGAACGCCAACACACCGUACGUGUUCCUGACUGAUGUGGACUUCCUGCCCAUGUACGGGCUCUACGACUACCUUAGGAAGGCUGUGGUCCAGUUGGACAUGGCUCACACCAAGAAGGCUCUGGUGGUUCCGGCCUUUGAGACGCUGCGAUACCGUCUGUCUUUCCCCAAAUCCAAAGCCGAGCUGCUCUCCAUGCUGGACAUGGGGACUCUCUACACCUUCAGGUACCACGUGUGGCCGAAGGGUCACGCUCCUACCAACUAUGCCAAAUGGCGAACGGCCACCAUGCCCUACAAAGUGGAGUGGGAGCCAGACUUUGAGCCUUAUGUCGUGGUGAGACGAGAUUGUCCCGAGUAUGACCAGCGUUUCGUGGGCUUCGGGUGGAACAAAGUGUCUCAUAUCAUUGAGCUGGAUGCCCAGGAAUAUGACCUGAUGGUUCUCCCCAACGCGUUCAUGAUCCACAUGCCCCACGCUCCAAGCUUCGACAUCUCCAAGUUCCGCUCCAGUUCCAGCUAUCGCAACUGUCUGAACACGCUGAAGGAUGAGUUCCAUCAGGACCUGUCCAGGAAGUACGGAGCGGCAGCUCUGAAGUACCUCACCGCCCAGAGGAAUAUCUGAGGAUGGCUGAGGUCCAGCAGACCUGUCGGACCCCCGAGGGCUCGGAUACGUACUCAUGCAGGGGGUAACAGCGCAGCGGAGCGUGGAUAAUAGUGAUGCAGUCAAGCCUUGUGGCCCUGUUGAACGCUCUCCGGUCCCCGUGCAUUAAUUCUCCAGUCGAUCCAGGUGAUGGGGGACAGAACGGGAGAACGUCGGCUUCUCCAAAUGCAGGAUUCAGCAAUAGCUGAGGGGGAAAACAGACGGCGGUGGAAACUAAGAAAAAUAACAAAAAACAAACAAAAUAAAAGGUUUUGCUAUUUGUUCCGACAAUCAGGGCUUUUCCCAGAGGUCGUAAACGGAACUGGUCUGCACGAAGACCUGGACUCGAUGGGACAUCCUACACCUGUGAGGCCAGUCGAACUGGAGAAUGAUCCAAGCCUUAUCAAGUUCUUGAUAUUUACAAAGAUAUUUAAUAAAAGUUUAGUUUGUUUUUAGGAGUAUUCAGAACCAAUGAUAGUAAACAUCCACAGUUUUGAUUUCAGCUUUAUAAUAAGUUUGCUUUCUUUUAUAUUUUCUGACCUCUUUGAUCCAUAGUUUCCCGUUUGGAUGAUUUUGGAGAGUUUGUGGGCUUUAGGUGUGUCUGUAUGAUCUGGCACAUCAACACGCUUCCUGCCUGUGGUCGGCGUCAUGCUUGCUUCUGUCCUGCAUGUUAACCGUUGCACUACAGGUUCUGUUCACCUUUUAACUUAUCGUUUAAAGCAGCAGAACAAAUGAAUGAUUGGGACCAAUGCAGAAGUCUGAACCACUGGUUUUAUGUGCUGUCUACUGAAUCGUUUUACCCAUGAUCCUUUGGGUUAAGUCCAUCUGAGAUUCAAAAUGUUUAAAAUUUCUUCCCAAGUAAAAGUGUAUUGUCAAUAAAUGAUCCGACUACUGCUAAAGAUUUUUGUCACACUUUUCAAACGACACGCAGGUGCAUCUUGUGGAGUGUCUGCACAAGAACGCGUAGAAAAACACGUUUUUAUUUGCAUUAACUCCCAGUCUGGACCUCUGUGCUUCCGUACAAGCGCUACGCUAACCAAACAGGAAGUUGGGUUAAAUUAGUCAACAUGUGUUUUUAAAAUCAACCACUUAUGAACCUGGAUGUUUAACUUUUGGUAGAAAAGGUCAUUAAUCAUGAUGUUCAACUAUGCAAGGGCCAACAUGAAUCAUUGUUCCUUUAUAACGGACACACCCUACAAUGCAUACCUGGAUACCUAGAAACGUGUGAUUAUUUAGUGUUUUCUUAAUAGAAGAUUUCCACUUUGACAAUUAUUUUUCUUUGGUUAAAAGAUCUGUUCUCUUAGAAAAACAACUAUUCAAUCAAUCAAUACUUUAUUCAUCCCAGAGGGAAAUUCAUAUCAAAUAUCAUAUUUGGUUCCUGUUAACUCACAGCCAUCGACCACUCAACUCAUCAAUUAUGUUUUUUUUUUUAACGGGGCGGGCUAGGGAAUGAGUUUGCGCACCUUGAGAGUAAACAUCACCCAUCGGCUCAAACAUCGUGAUCAGACAUUCCAUGAAUUAGGAGAUCGUUAUGGGACGCCGCUAUGCUCAAGGCGAGGCGCCAAUCGGAAAAGCUUAUGCAGCUCACACUACGACAAUGGAUUGUGAAAGAACGAAAAAAGCUAGAAACACAGAUUCUUCAUGAUGUAAGAAGGGAGUCUACUGUCUUUUCUAGUUUUGGUGUUUACAUGGUCAAAGAGCACAAUACUGUGUGUGACUUCAAAAAAACAGUAAAAUGCUGAAAAACGCUGGCAGUCAGGGGAUUUCUGAUCUAUUAGUAUCACAGAACCACGCUGUUGGGCUAAAACCUCGUUUUGAGGGUCAUCUGUCUGGUUUAUGGAUCACUUGUGACCAGUCAGAGUUUGUAGAAGAAAAACAUUUUCCAUAAAGUUUCACUUUAUUCUGGUCCUACAUUAAAGAACAAUUUAAUCUAAAUCACCUAAAUAUUUUAGAGUCUGGACACGAGAAAACUUCAAUAUUUACACAAAUCCAUCAGAAUUCAAUAGUUUCUAUGUCUGAUGCUUGUUUAUCCUAAAAAUGAUUUAAAACCAAUCAUCCUGUUUUAUGAUUGGUCCCCCACAUUUAACGUACGAUAAAUUAGAUCAUCUAUCCAGGAUUUGUGGAACCAGCUUCUUAAUCCAGACCUGGGGUAAAGAUGGCGGCACGAAUACUAAACCAACAAGAAUAAAAGUGUCAUUAUCAUAAAUAAACUUAACACAGAAGGUCUUUUCUUUAAUUUAAACUUAUAAUUUAAAGUCUUCUUGGUGGUGGUUUUAGUUUGACGUAAGUCUGUAUAGAUCUGAUCUCAGAUGACUACGGCAGCAAAGAGAAAACAUUUCAUCUCAGAUGGACUUUAACAGUUGGUGCUUUUUUAUUUUUAAGCAUUAAACUCAUCACCCACUGAUCAUGUGACCUAAUGUUGUAAUCGGAUGUAUUUUUUAUGUCACGCUGCUGUUUCAACCUGACUGAUUUACAAUUGACCUGACGAACACAGUUGCUUAUUUUAGUCAUAUUUUGUGUAAUUUAAGCCAAGUUGAUCAUGUUUUUACUUUCUGCUAAACAAAGAAAAUUGAAAAUGAUGGCUUAUUUAAUUUUGUACCAUUUAUUUAAGUUGUUAGUUUUAGUUUCUGCAGGUUUUUGUACCUGAGUAGGAGGAAGAAGACAUCCACCCGAAGUCAUUUCACUGAAUCACGGCAGAAAAACGAUACCAAACUGGUGUUUGCGUUGGUUGUUUGACGACGUUUUGAGUGAUCGGUGCCACGAAGAGCCCUGCUCCGCCCCCCUCGCGCUGCCAUCUGCACCGCCUCCAUCAGUGUGUUGUUGAUUGUGGUAAAUGCUAGUGCCUUUGCUGUAUUGUGAAUCUGGAUAUUGAUUGUACAGACGUACGGACAAGGCCUGAGGAUUGUCAGGCGCUCUAUUUAUUAUUGUCGACUCAAAUCAAUCAUAUUUUUCUAUGUAAGUGCUUUAAAUAAAUUAGCCUUUUCUAAUGAUUA